AUGAGGGCACGAGCCAACGACCAUCGACGUCAGGUUUCUAGUCCGGCCUUUACCCCGGACUCGCAGCCUAGUGAUUUAUUGCAGGAGGCGCUGAGGAGCGGGGGUGGUAGCAACCUGGAUGACUAUGUUGAUGCGAAACUCUAUGUGAGCUCCACCGAGGACUCUCAAAGAUGGCAUCAGCUUUUAGGAGACUACCUUCACGACCAGACCCCGAGAGCUUACAUCUGGCAGAGAGACCCCCCACAAGUGGACGUGUUGGAUGCCUCGAGGGUCUCAUCUCCCUACCUAGUGUAUGGUAUCCAUUUGCGCUAUGGGGAUGCUCUGCAUGAUGAAUGGCUGCUCAUCAGCUUGCUGGUUUCACUGACUAGGAAGUACUCCGAGGUUGCCUGUGAGGUGUCCGAUGUUGAUGGAGAUCCUCUACUGAUAGAGGCAGCACCUGCGUUGCCUAAGUGGCUGAGUCCUGAAAAUGCAGGACAUAGAGUUUGGAUUCACCAAGGGAUGCUCCACAUCUGCCCGAAGGCUCCUUCCGAGCAGCCCCCAGAUAUCAAGCCUUUAGCAGUAGAGGCAGCGGUGGACAUGGUCCUCGAUGAUGACUGUGAGACUAUUGCCUCCCCGAGUGUGCAGAGAUGUAUUAUCACUAAGCUGAAGUCGAAGCCGUGGAGCAUCGACCUUAUGCAUGUCAGGUUAUUGUUACCUGCAGUACUGGCAGAGCAACUCAUACGGCAACCUCAGAUCAUAUCCCUUCUCCUCGAUUACUUGCCUCCUGAUCGCUUGGCUGAGCGCGGUAGUAGCGUCAUCACUGAGAGCAUCUCGAGGGGGGAGUUGGUGACCAUCCAAGUGUCCAUGACGAAGCUUCAUUAUGCUUCCCUUAUGGGCGUCAAGGGUCGUCUGAGGAUGCCUGCCAGGCUUGCCUUUGGUGGCCAACAGAUGCGUAGUCGUAGUGAGGAAAAUACAGUGAUGCUGGGUCGGCUGGUCUCGUUGGCGGCUCAUUGUGCUGUGAAGGCUAAUAAUAAGGAUACGGCACACUUUGAGAAGGGCAAGGGGCUCUUGGACCGAAUGGAGGAGUGCAGGGAAGAGGAGGCCCCUCUGGAGAGAUUUGCCAAGUACGACGGUCCUAGUGAUAGCGAUGCGUGGCUGAUUGAAGCCAUUGAGGAGGCUGGCAAGAAGGAAGAUGGACUCACUGAGGAGGAGCAGAAGGAGCUGCAGGAUGUGUCUACGAGGCUCAACGACCUUAUGGGGAAGGCUUCGGGCAUAUUCGGAAUAGAGAGUCAUGAGGAAGGGAGUGAGGGCUCGGAUGAUGAUAUGAUCGAUGACAUGCCGGACUCGGACGCUGAGGAGGAGGAGGUUGUUCCCGACGUUGAGAUGAAGAGAUACAUGAAGCAGCUUGACGAGGAAUUGAGGAUGAGUAUGGGCGCAGAUGACCAUCACGUUGAUGCAAUGGACGACGAGGCUGUGGACAGGGAGGAUGCAAAGUGUGCCUGCCUAUCAGGAGCCCCCAGCAACUCCUCGAGUACUUAUUCGACAUCACCACUACGACCAUUGGUGACGAGCAGUACGAGUCCGCAGAGGAGCAGUGAGAGGCUCCGUAGUCAACUGCUUUCGGUGGGGGAGACCUUCAUUGGCUUUGACAAGGUCAUUGAGGAUGAAGCUGCUAAGCGGAGGUCCUCUGAGGAGCACCGAGUGACGGAUCUGGCUGAUACGGUGACUAGACUGGACAAGGCGCUGUCGGAUGAGGUCCGGAGGCGUAGUGAAUCUACCAACACCCUCACCCGAGUGACCGAACAGAUGGCUAACGACAUGCUCGAUAGGCUACAGAACGGUAUACUAGGGAGGUUGGAGGAGGUGGCCAAGACGGUGGAGACCCUCGCUUUGCGUGAGGAAGGGUUUCGGGGUGAGCUGCCGUCGAAGCUCCUGGUGGAUGCAUCAGCUCUACAAAGGGAGAUUAGAGAGCUGGGGGAGAAGAUGAAGGGCAAACGGCAGGUGUGGGCAGAUAAGGACCAUCGGUUGUUGGAAAGGUCGGAAGAGAUCGGUCUUGGACUGGAGCGGAAAGUAGACAAUGAAUGCACUACGUUCGAGAAGCAGACCUCGGGUCUAGAUAAGGAGGUGGAAGCCCUAAGGAAGCUCACAGCUGAUAGUGGUGCUCCCGACCGCCGUGUGACUGAGGAGGACCAGUUCCGAGGCUUCCUUCUGGAAGAGCUCGCCAGUAUCAAGAAAGAUAUCCUCGUCCGAAACGCAGACGCCAUUCAAUCUCAAUCUAUUCACGAUGUUGUCGAGCACUUGCAAGUGAUGAACUAG